CGCUAUGAUGUAUCAUAGAAUGUGGUGCUAACCACAUACUGUUAGUAGACAGACACUAACCGUGAAGAAUUACCACGAGUCAGGCAAUGAGAUGUGAGCAGCCACUCAUGAGACUCAAAAUUAGCUCUCCGCCCCAAGAGCCGUAACCUUCAGUAAUUUUCUAAUUUCAGCUGUGUGCCAAGCAAAUGAGGGUGGGCAAUGCGUAGACUACGCCAGUCAAUUUUAGUGCGCUGCUGUUAGACUUGCUUUUCUUCGUCGCACAUCGAACUUGCCCGAGAAAGCUCUCUCCUAACAACGCGUCAUAACGUCAAAAAUCAUGACAGACCUGUCCCUUCGAAGGGCCGUAUGGCUCCUCGUCUGGUCGCUGCUCUGGUCUCCCAGUCUUCAGCAAGACUCCUACAUCUUUACAAACCCGCCCCCGGACAGCUCCUCGAUACCCAAUCCAACCUACAAUGUUGGAGACGAUAUCAAUCUCCAGUGGGUUGGACCAAAUGCCUUCGUAUCUGUCCGUCUCGUACACGUCUUGCCCAGUAACAACUUUGAUGAAUUUACCUCUGUGUUCACAAACGUCACCAAUUUGGGUGGACAUUACACCUGGAAGAUUGACCUCGGUAGCAUGAAUCUCACGACUUCGAAAGAAUUUUUCUUCAAUAUCUUCGUCGAAGGAGAAACAUCACCGCGCGCAAUCACUCACUAUUUCAACCUGACCAGGGACUCGACUAGUACAACCGCGCCCGCUUCUACUAGCUUUACGACAUCAGCAUCCUCAUCAACUUCCACUUCUGCCACUAGCUCUACCACGUCGAGCCCCACGAAACACACUAACGGCGCGAGCGCGACCAACACCGUUGUCCCCUCAAGUGGCGAUGGAUUGAGCUCUGGUGCCAAGGCUGGUAUUGGUGUCGGUGUCGCAGUGGGAGUCAUUGCUUUCCUCGCCGCUGCUACACUAUUUUGGCGAUCUCGACGAGGAAAGAACGGCGGUGGUGCAGGUGGAGGAGCAGAAAGUGGUCCAGCUGGUGGCCCACCAUAUCAGCCCGUCAACCAGCAGGGCCCUUAUGAAUACUACAAGACUCCUGGAGCGCCAACAGAGCUGUCUGAAGCACCAGCCAAUCACGUAACACCUGAACUGUCUGGCAAUGGGCCCACGACUCUUGAGAUGGCCGAUACUUCCAGGCCACAGAAUUGA